GUGGUUUUUAUUUUUGAUAAUAGCGUGAUUUUCGUAACCUGCAAAACGGAUUUUGCAAGGAAUGCACAGAGAAGGUCAUAAUUUGAGGUUUUUAGUGACACAAGUGUACUUUUCCACAAGUCGGACGUUUUGACGUGUGGGUUACGUCUAACAAGUCCAAUAUUUCAGUCAUGAGGGACAGACUUGGACAUCUCCAGGCAGUAUCACUGUCUAAUGGCACUGCAACAGAACAUGAAACUGCCCAAGCGCUCUCUCCAUCAGAAAACACAGACUAUGAUGACCCUCCUCAGGACCUCAGCACCAACCCUGACAUGGAAGCUGUCUUUGAUGAGGCACAGGAGGCUCGUCGUCAGAUUCAGUACAUCCACCUGGAAGUAAAGCGUCUCAGGGAGCGAAACUCACAUAUUUUUACAGGCACGGUCUGCUCUAGUGCUUCUAAUACCUGUGACUCUAAUGCUAUUGCAGCUGACAUCAAAACACGUGGACAGGAGAUGCUCGUGCACCUUCGCAAGAUGGAUUCCCACAGGAAAGAGUUAGAGGAAAAGUAUGGCGUCAAUUCACCCAUGACGAGAAUCGCCCGAACACAGUACGCCAGCAUAAGCAACAGUUUCCGUGAUGCCAUGGUGGAGUACAAUGACGCUGAGAUGAGCCAUAGGGAGUCCUGCAAGGCGUAUAUUCAACGGCAGAUGGAGAUUGUGGGCCGAGAGGUCACAGGUGACCAGAUCGAAGAGAUGUUGGAGAGCGGUCAGUGGAACGUCUUCAGUGAGAACAUGGUUUCAGAAGGUAAAACGGCACGGUCUGCACUCAUCCAGAUCGAGAGCCGACAUACAGAACUGCUACAGCUAGAGAGACGCAUUCAGAGCCUUCAUGAGGUUUUUCUGGAUGUGGCCAUGUUGGUAGAAGAGCAGAGUUCAAUGAUAGACUACAUUCACACCAAUGUUCAGUCAACUGAGGUGGAGGUCAGGGAUGUCCUUGUGAAGCUGGAGCGAGCCAAGAGACAUGACAGGAACAAUCCGUUUAAGAAAAUGUUCUUCUGGAAACGAUGACAUGGGCACAGAUAUCACAAUGUCAAAAAUGCAUACUAAGUGAUUCAGGUUUUUUUGUUUAUGUUAGUUUUUAUAUUCCUAUUCCUUAUUUAGGCAAAUUUAUAUUCAUCUUCUGAAGAAAAAUAAA